GGAACGACCCAUCCUGUAACGUUUGCAAGCACUGCGGCAGUUCGAGGAGCUGCCCUAACCAAUGUUCGACACGAAGACGCUGCAGCUCUGCGUUUUGGAAGCAGCCCCCCCCCAUCUGUCGCUUGGACGGCCGGGAAAGGUCAUGGUAAUCAUGCCAGUUUUGCUCGUUCGAAUGGCAGCCCCCUUUCAAGGCGCUGCCGGCGCAAGCACACGCGGCGGCCUCUCCGCCGACGACCUCGAGGAGUUGGACGGGGCCCUCGCCGAGCUCACGGGCAGCACGCAGCAUUUCGAAACAGCGGAGGCAGCCCUCGAGAAGCAGAGCGCCGAAGCCCAGAGGCUCGGCCAGGAGCUCGGAGAAGGCGAUGAUCGGCACAGGCCGCUCGCCCGGCAGCUGCGCGCUACCGUCGCAUCACCAUGCCCCGCCGCCCCCGUCGGGCUCUCCAUCCGCGGCAUCUUGGACGGGGAGGCGCAGGACAGGGCGGCUCGGGGCCUGGGGCAGGGCCGCAGGAAGGCCUCUAGCAUCAAACGCGAUGCCUUCAUUCAUGCUCGGCCCAAGGCGGGGGACGCCCCCGCGAAGGUCGAGGUGGGAUCGUCUGGAUCCCGCGAGGCGUCAGCAUUGCCGUCGCCAGCGUCGACUUACAGGGCGGUCGAGGCCGCGAGCGAGACCAGGGCAUGGGAGCUGACGCCCACCGGCGCCCUGAGUGAGUUCGCGGAUCUCGGGCAAACGCGGCCGGGGCCGACCCUGGCAACGCGGGCGCCGAGGCGACCCCGAGAGCACAUUGAGGCAAGUUGCCUGGCGCGCGCGCUGGAGUUUCCAGGUGCUCCGAGGGCGGGGCCUUCAGCGCGCCGCGGGGGCGUCGCGGCGCCCUCGCCCUACUUCAACGCGGAGUUGAGAGAGCCGGCGCGCCUGCCAGGAGACGCAGGCGCCGCGCGGCGGCGCGCCGCCCAGCUGGAGAGCGGCGUCGCUGCCAGACGGCGGGCACGCGCGCACCCUUGGGAAGUCCGCAAGUAUUACCAGAGUUGGUGCACUGCCCUGUUCGAGGACAUCGGCGUGAACCGAUGUCUGCGACGCGCGCGCUGCGACUGCGCGGCCAAGCUUUCGGGGCCCAGCAAGUGCGUGACCCUCGGGAAGGGCGCGCUCCGCGCUGCAGCCUGCGGUGCUUGGCGGUUCGCGCGGGGAGAGGAGGUUCCGCCAGAUGUCAUGGCUACGGGCGGAAGCAUUUCCAUCGACGGCAGCUGCGCCGGCCGCCCGACUCGCGAGCUAACGCGGGCAGCGCUGCACGAGGGCGAUGCCGCCGCGUCAGAAUGCAAGAUGGAACAGAAAUCCAAUGCGAGCAGCCUGACCCCAGGAAUACUGACGUGCGAUUGUGCUUGCCUAGACGGCAUAUCCAGAGCUGGCAGCUCCGAGCCCGUGCCCUUCGCGCCUGCCGGCACUUUCGUCACCAAGAAAGUCACGCACGACGUGGCGAUGAUCACAGCAGGCAAGAAGCAGAAGCUCAUUUUGGGAAACAUCGACUCUCUGCGAGAUUGGGGGCACGCCAGGGACUACGUGAAAGGCAUGUGGAUGUUCCUGCAGCAGGAGAAGGCCGUCGACUACGUGCUGGCGACAGGCAAGCAGUACAGCGUGCGGGACCUGGUGACCCUGUGCUUCGAGAUGGUGGAGAAGCCCGUCGAGUGGCGCGGCGAGGGUCUGUCCGAGGAGGGCGUGUGCAAGGCGACCGGCCAGGUCAAAGUGCAGAUCUCUCCGAAGUACUUCCGGCCGACGGAGGUGGACACCUUAUUGGGUGACCCUACAAAGGCCAAGAAAGAGGUCGGGUGGGAGCCGGAGUGCUCUUUCAAAGAGUUGGUGUACGAGAUGAUGGAGUACGAUCUUAAGG